CAUUAGAACCAUGCCUAAUCUUCAAAACCCAUAUCAAGUCCCGUUUGGUGCUGCAAAAGAAGGUUUUCAAUUUUUAAAUCUCGACCCUCUCUCUCUCCAAACAGUGGCCAUCUGAACUCCAAAAAACCUGAAUGCUCACUCUCUUGCUUUAAAAACGCUAGUUUACUCGCGCUUUUUCUUUUUAUUAAUAAAAACUAAGAAGAAGACAAACUCUCCCCUUUGAUUUCCUCAUCAGAUCUCUUCAUCCUGCAGCAGGAGCUAACUGCAUCCAGAAAAAUGGCACAGGAGAUCGCCACCGCCGCAUGAAUAAUCCACUACUGUAUUUCCAAAUAAUCGCGCGAUAUACCUUGCAUUUUUACGCUCCCGAUAAAUGAGGUGCAAGCAUCAUCCCUGCGACCUCAGUAGCACCGUCGGUGUCUGCGCCUCCUGUCUCCGGGAACGCCUUCGCGUCCUCAUCGCCGCACAGGCUCAGGUUCAGGUUCAACAGACAAAUCACCUUCCUCAACUUGCUCGGCUCCAUUCACGCGCUGCCGUAGAUGAUAGUCGCAAGUCAGACGCUCAGCCUCCACCUCUCAUAUUCCCUCGCUCCGUUUCUCCUUAUGUUGCUCGCCGGAAGUCUGACGACACCUCCUGGUCCCACCAUCUCCGUUUCUACAGUACUCCCCAAGUGGGCCCCACUUACAACUCUUCUUCAUCCGCAGCCGGCUUCACCACUUCUGCAACUUGUAAACCUAAGCCCGCCAGAUUCUCCCGUUUAUCGAAUCUAUUCAGGUCCAGAUCCGAGAAAUUUAGUCCGGAUCCUUCUGGUUCCGGUCGUGGACUUCCUCAUAGAAGUCCGAGCGAGGCAUCAUCUUCCUCGCCUUCCUGGUUCUCUGCAAUAUUUUCUGGUCGCAGGAAAAAGCAAUAUGCGCAGCAAUAUUCCGGCGUUGUAUGUCAUAAGCCACGCCAGAGGAUGGAUCGAGGAAUGUCGCCAGUAAGAGUGGAGAAUUCCGACGACGAUUGUGACGAUUGCAAUCGGUCUCCGUCUGGAAGUGGGUCCUCUUCGGAAUCAGCACAGUGGUGGAAGAGAACACCAGUAGCAGCACAUGCGGCGAUGAGGCGAGGGAAGCCGGGAAACGGCAAAAACGUGUCAUCAGGAUUAGCUUUUUGUUUGAGCCCUCUACUGAGAGCCAGCCCUAACCAUCACUGGAACCAUAAAAGCGGGCUACCACCAGACAUGGGAUUCUCCGGCGAAACGAGGGUCCCCAUGAAACCUCAUCUAUCAGCGGCGGCGUCAUUUCAAGCGAACCGGUCGAGGAAGUUGUGUGACUUUGGAAGGGUUAAUCACAACCGUUGAGAACGGAUCGUUGACAUUUGUCCACGGUGGUGGUAAUAAUACAUAGAAGUACGGUUUUGCCCUCAUCAUUUGCGAUAUUAACCUGUUUCAUUACAUUUAAACGUUGGAUAAAUUAAAUCAUAGAUGGAGGGAAAAGGAAAAAAAAAAGAAAAGUGAAAGUCGCGUUUGGCUUUCUCUGCACAUUACCGUUGUCUAUUAUUAGCAUGAACAAAAGGAAAUAUAUCUUUUUUUGUUGUAUAAUUUGUGAAAUAUUUACGUUCGAGUUACAGUGAAAUCUAAUUUUAAUGAUAUUAUAUAUAUGUUGUGAUGA